GCAGCCUGUGUUAUGAGGGAACAGCGCGCUGCCUAUUGGCUACGUGACAGUUUAGGGAAGUACAUAAACAUAUAGGAUAAAGACAACUGGUAUUAAUGAUUUGCUACAUAAACACAGAGAAUAACCUGCAAUCAGCUUCUGACUACCGCUUUAGCAGCAGCUGAGUGAUGGAUCUAAAGGGUGAUGCGCAUUUGCUCCUGUGGGUGACUGCAGCUGCUGUUCUCCUGUUUACUUUGCUUGCGUCCUCCUUUAUCUCUUUCCUGAUCGACUACAUUCGGAAAUGGAAUAUGAUGAAACCAAUUCCAGGUGUUAGCACCGCUUACCCCUUUAUAGGGAAUGCCCUGGAACUGAAACCUAACGGUGGAGAUUUCUUUCAGCAAAUUAUUGAAUAUACAGAAGUAUUUAGAACCCUUCCACUAAUCAAGCUCUGGAUCGGGCCUAUCCCUUUUUUAAUAUUAUAUCAUGCGGACACUGUUGAGCCUAUUUUAAGCACUUCGAAGCAUAUGGACAAAGCACAUGCUUAUAAAUUUCUUCACCUUUGGCUUGGCAAAGGAUUACUAACCAGCACAGGGGAAAAGUGGCGCACUAGAAGAAAGAUGAUAACCCCAACCUUCCACUUUGCUAUUCUCUCUGAGUUUCUGGAAGUUAUGAAUGAACAAUCCAAAAUAUUAAUUGAUAAACUUUGGAAACAUACUGGUGAAGAAUCCUUUAAUUGCUUUAUUGAUGUUACACUUUGUGCAUUGGAUAUAAUAUGUGAAACGGCCAUGGGAAAGAAAAUUGAGGCACAGAGCAAUCAAGAUUCUGAAUAUGUGCAGGCAAUUUAUAAGAUGAGUGAUAUGGUACACCGUCGGCAGAAAAUGCCCUGGUUGUGGCCUGACUUUGUGUUUCAUCGACUGAAUAUUGGAAAAGAGCAUGACAAAAGCCUAAAAAUUCUUCAUUCAUUUACUGACAAGGUUAUUUUAGAAAGAGCAGAAGAAAUGAAGGCCACAGAUUCCAGGCAAGUACAAGAUAAGGAUGAGUCUGAAUCAAAGAAAUCUAAAAAAAGAAGUGCUUUUUUGGAUAUGCUUUUAAAAGCAACAGAUGAUGCCGGCAAUAAAUUGAGCUACAUGGAUAUCCGGGAGGAAGUUGAUACCUUUAUGUUUGAGGUGGCAAGAGUUCACAAAAUCCUUAUUUAUGGGAAUUCAAAUCCUGGCUGCCAGGAGGAGGCAAAGAGAUACCAUAACAAAGGACAGUCUGACCGCCCCGUUACAAUGGAUGAUCUAAAGAAGCUCCGUUACCUUGAAGCAGUAAUUAAAGAAGCACUUCGUCUGUACCCUUCUGUUCCAUUUUUUGCACGAACUGUUACUGAAGACUGCACUAUCAGAGGAUUCCAUGUACCAAAGGGUGUAAAUAUAGUAAUUAUUCCAUAUGCACUUCACCGGGAUCAAGAACAUUUUCCUGAACCGGAGGAGUUCAGACCAGAGAGAUUCCUUCCUGAGAAUGCAGUUGGCCGUAACCCUUAUGCAUAUAUACCUUUUUCUGCUGGACUCCGAAAUUGCAUUGGGCAGCGCUUUGCUCUUAUGGAAGAAAAGGUUGUUUUAUCAGCAAUCCUGAGAAAUUUUUCAGUCCAAGCAACUCAGAAACGCGAAGAGCUUUGUCUUGUAGGAGAAUUGAUCCUUCGUCCGCAAGAUGGCAUGUGGAUUAGUCUGAAGAAAAGAUCAAAUGUUUAUCAGGAAUAAAGCCUUGUGUAUAAAUAUAAAAGAGAGAUUUUUCUUGGUUUGAUGACUGAUUAAUUUUAAUUGUAUAUAUAUGUAAAUCUACAGCUAGGAAUUUAAAAUUAAUGUAUAUUUGUUAGUUUACUUCCUGACUAUCUGAGCAAAAAUAAUUUGAUAAUGCAAGAGUAAAUGCUUUACUAACAGAUACCUACAUGGUCCAUGUAAUCUGGUCAUUUAUCUUUGUGAUUUAAAGCAUUAAAGGGACACUAUACCCAAACAUUUUCUUUCAUGAUUAAGGUAGAGAAUAUAAUUUUAAACAACAUUCCAAUUUACUUCUAUUACCUAAUUUGCUUUAUUCUUUAGAUAUACUUUAAUGAAGAAAUAGCAAUGCACACAGUGAACCAAUCACACAAGGCAUCUAUAUGCAGCUACCAAUCAGCAGUUACUAAGCAUAUCUAGAUAUGCUUUUCAGCAAAGAAUAUCAAGAGAAUGAAGCAAAAUAGAUAAUAGAAGUAAAUUAGAAAGUUGUUUAUAAUUGUAUGCUCUAUCUAAAUCACGAAAGAAAAAAUUUUGGUUUCAUGUCCCUUUAAGUAUUUGACCAUUAGCUGUGCCUUAUUUUAAUUUCCUUCAGAUCUUCCCUACUACUGACCAAGGUAUUCUAUCUAUCUAUAUAUCUAUCUACUUGUCUGUGUAAAAUUAUUUUUCACUUUACUUUAUACUUUCAAUGUUGUAUGUAAACCUUUAAUACUUUAUCUUUCGGCUUUCGUAAUUAUGCAUUUGUAUGCAUCUGAAUUCACUGGUUUAUGUUAUGAGUUGUCCCUCUUCUCUGGUUCAGUAUAUGUGCUGUUGACUUGGUCCUCUUUGUAAUAUUUUAUUGCUUAUUAUCUGUUAACUAGUCCUAAAUAACUGGGAAUAAGGGUUAACAACUUUAAUUAUCCUUGAAGAAAAAUACAAUGCAGUUUAUGGAUAUUCUUUAUAACACUGGGCAUAUAAUUUGUGUCUGUUAUAUAUUUUUUUGUUUGUGUUUGUCAUUCCAACAAAAGCUAGGUUUUUUAUAAAAAAAAACACUAUUAUGACCAUAUCUGUCGUCCUAUCUGUUUCCAUUUUAUUUAUAUUUGGGCUUGCAUUUAUUUUAAAAAGAUCAUAUAAUUGUAAGCAUUUUAUUAUCAAAACAUUUUGCUUUUACAGUAUGCUGCAAAAUAUUGAAUUGAUGAUAUGCAUAUUUUUAUCCGUUCGUAAAAAAGAUGGAAAGAUUUUCUUAAAAACUGUUAUUGCACUUCCUUUUUAAAAUAAAACCUGGUAUUUUAAACAAUGUA